UCCGUGUCAGUCUUUGUUCGGCGCUUAUCGGGCGCCGCCCGGUCCUAGUACCACCAUGCGGGCAUGAUUUGCUUUCUUUUGACUUUACUAGUCUAAGACUAAGCUUUAGACUAACUUAAUGUUGCAGACUGGUUGCAAGUCUCGGAGGCGCCGACGACCUAGCGGAACCGCACCUAGUCGCGCUUACCCUUUUUCGUUAUACCAUGGGGUUGAUUUUAUUGCUACCUCAUACUGUCUCUGGCAUAUGUAUGCACUCGGAAUGCACGUGUGGUGGACCCUGGUCGCUUUGUAUGUAGCAACGCUGUGUACGCAACACUUUUGCAACUUUACCUCAGUCUUGUAUAACAUCGAUAAAUUAUGUCGGCAAACAUAGGCCUCGAGGCCGUCUCCACCAAGGUCUGCCCUUAAAUCGCGCUAUCCCCACCCCCUCGCAUCAGAACUCUGACACAAUAGUUGCCUAAAAUUUACACAGCUUCGACGAAAUGGGGGCGUAAUAUCAGC